AACUGAUCUGCAGCAUAAAAAGCGCAGGCGAGUAGAGAGUAGAGCAAAGCGAACAUCCGUCGUGCGAAGAGCACACGGCUCGUCUCCGCCCGGUAACACCGGCACACGUGUCACCCUAAACCUUUUACAAAGAAGCAGCGAGAAAUAAUCAGACAACGAAGAGGACGAUGACUCUGUGGACGGCUCUCUUCACUGUGGUGGCAGUAAUUGCCAUGGCAACAGAAUCACACGCCCAGAAGCCAAUGUGUGGUCAAGCCCCCCUGAACACCAGGAUCGUUGGGGGGCAGAAUGCUGCCCCGGGCAGUUGGCCCUGGCAAGUCAGUAUGCGCUACCAGGGAAGUCACGUGUGCGGAGGGUCCCUCAUCAACAACCGGUGGAUCCUGUCCGCUGCCCACUGCUUCACACUGAUCAGUGCGAAUCCAAGCGGUUGGACUAUGGUUCUGGGCCUGCAGACCCAGCAGGGUACCAACCCACAUGCAGUGUACAGAGCAGUGAGAAGAAUCAUUGUUCAUCCAAGGUACAAUGGAAACACCAACAACAACGACCUCGCUCUAGUCCAGCUGUCCUCCACUAUCAAUUUCAGUGACUACAUCCAGCCCAUCUGCCUGGCAGCCGCUGGCAGCACCUUAUACAACGGCACCGAGACCUGGGUCACCGGCUGGGGAUACAUCCAGUCAGGAGUGUCCCUCCCUCCACCGGGGAUUCUGCAGGAAGUCGAGGUGCCUGUCAUUGGAAACGGGAAGUGUAACUGUCUCUAUGGACCGGGGUCCAUCACCAAGAACAUGCUGUGUGCUGGGCUGCUGGCGGGGGGCAAGGACUCCUGUCAGGGGGACUCAGGAGGUCCACUGGUGGUCAAACAGGGUUCCGUCUGGGUCCAGGCCGGGAUCGUGAGCUUUGGUAACGGAUGUGCUGAACCCAAAUACCCAGGAGUCUACACCAGGGUGUCCCAGUAUCAGUCCUGGAUCAGCUCAGUAAUCACCUCCAACCUGCCAGGAUUUGUCACGUACUUCUCCAGUGGGAGAAACCGUGACGUCACCUGCUCUGCAACAAUCGCAGUCACCAGUAACAGUAUAUUGCUUACAUAACAUAUAUGUGUAUUUGCAUAUAACUACAGAAAACAUAUCAAUUUAUGAAGGCAACAGUUUUUAAAGUAGUAGCUCUUCUCCUCUAAUUUCCAGGUUGAAAAUAAGUGGGUCUCCUUCUUACCUCUUAGAUUAUUACUCCUCGAUAUAUAGGGAAUAACUGAUAAAAUGCAACUGCAUUUUCAUAGUUAUAUUAGUGAUUGAUUCAUGAUUAGGGGGGUGCGGUGGCGCAGUGGGUUGGACCACGGUCCUGCUGUCCGGUGGGUCUGGG